AUGGCGCUCGCGGCAUUGGCCGUGGCACUGGUUCUCGGGGUGGCCGUGGAGGCGCGGUUCCUUGAGACCCAGAACUUGGGCGGUGGUGGUGGCUUCGGCGGAGGCGCUGGCUUUGGUGGUGGUGCUGGGCUUGGCGGAGGAGGUGGUGCUGGUGGUGGGCUUGGCGGAGGGCUCGGCCAUGGUGGGGGUCUUGGUGGCGGGUUUGGCGGUGGGAAAGGUGGAGGUCUUGGUGGAGGCAGUGGUCUUGGCGGAGGAGGUGGGUUUGGUGGUGGCGGCGGAGCGGGCGGCGGGCUUGGUGGAGGACUUGGUGGUGGAAGUGGUCUAGGCGGUGGAACGGGUGGUGGUCUGGGUAGUGGUGUUGGACUAGGCGGUGGAGCCGGAGGUGGUCUUGGCGGAGGAGGUGGUCUCGGUGGGGGUGCUGGCGCGGGCGGUGGUGCCGGAGGAGGGCUUGGAGGUGGUGCUGGAGGUGGUCUAGGUGGAGGGAGCGGCCUUGGUGGCGGUGCAGGUGGUGGACUAGGUGGUGGAGCUGGAAGCGGUCUUGGUGGAGGCAAUGGCUUUGGUGGUGGAGCCGGUGGAGGUGGUGGUUUCGGGGGUGGUGCCGGUGCUGGUGGCGGUCUUGGUGGUGGCUCUGGAGUAGGUGGCGGACUCGGGGGAGGCAAAGGUUUUGGCGGAGGUCUCGGUGGAGGCAGUGGUCUUGGUGGUGGAGCCGGUGGAGGUGGCGGUUUCGGGGGUGGUGCCGGCGCUGGUGGCGGCUCUGGAGUAGGUGGCGGACUCGGGGGAGGCAAAGGGUUUGGCGGAGGUCUUGGCGGAGGUAACGAUGGGGGAUUCGGCGCUGGUGGUGGAGCAGGAGGCGGUGCCGGGGGAGGGUUUGGCGGUGGUGCUGGAGGUGGCGGCGGCUCUGGAGUAGGUGGCGGAUUCGGAGGAGGCAAAGGUUUUGGUGGAGGCCUUGGUGGAGGUAGCGGUGGAGCAGGAGGUGGUGCUGGGGGAGGGUUUGGCGGUGGUGCCGGAGGUGGUGCUGGUUUGGGUGGUGGAGGUGGUGCCGGGGGAGGGUUUGGCGGAGGAGCGGGAGGAGGCACUAGCUUGGGUGGUGGAGGUUCCAGUGGUGGCGCUGGUGGUGGCCACUGGUGA